CCAUAAAUUCAUAAAUCCUAGCAUCAAUAGAAUCGCUUAGCUUUCAUUUAAUUAUAAAUCCUAGCUUUAAUUCAAUAUAACCUAAGAGAAUGGGUUCUAUGUAUGAAAUUCCUAUGGCUCCAAAAGCAGUUGGUCCAGCCACAAUCUUGGCAAUGGGCACUGCUAAUCCACCAAAUGAAUUUAUUCAGGCUGACUAUCCUGAGUACUACUUUCGUAGUACUAAUAGCCAACAUUUAACCCGUCUCAAGAGCAAGUACCAGCGCAUGUGCGACAAAUCAAUGAUUAGGAAACGUUACUUGCACGUAACCGAAGAGAUCCUGAAAGAACACCCACAAAUGUGCGAUCGCAAGGCAUCUUCCUUAUCAGCCCGUCAAGCUAUCCUCGCCACCGAAGUCCCAAAACUCGGCAAAGAAGCCGCCGAUAAGGCCAUCGCCGAGUGGGGCCAACCCACGUCUAAGAUCACUCACCUUAUCUUUGGCACCAACACUUUCUGCGAUACCCCCGCUGCUGACCAAUACCUCGCCAUGCUUCUCGGCCUUUCGCCUUCCGUCAAGCGCUUUGUUCUCCGCCAGGGUGGCUGCCACUCUGGCGGCACGCUCCUUCGUAUAGCCAAGGCCAUGGCUGAAAACGAACGCGGAGCACGUGUGUUGGUUGUAUGCGCGGAGUUGAGUACUGUUAUAUUUUACCAUGCUCCCGAUGACACUAAUCUUUUGCCGCACACCUUAUUCGCGGAUGGUGCUGCGGCAUUGAUCGUUGGUGCUGAUCCUGACGAGCCUCUUGAAAAACCUAUUUUUCGGCUCGUGUCAGCCGACCAGACCACAAUUCCCGGUACAGACGGGACCAUACAAGCCCGUUUAAGGGAAGAGGGUAUGGUCGGGGACAUUGCUCCUGACGUACCUAAACUUAUAUCCAAAAACAUCGAAAGUUUGUUGAUAGAAUCUUUUGAAAGAAUUGGUGUCAAAGAUUGGAACUCCUUAUUUUGGAUCCCUCACCCUGGAGGUCCAGCUAUAUUGGACCAGAUUGAAACUGAACUCGAUCUCGAGGCGGGCAAACUGAGUACUACUAGGCACGUCCUAAGCGAGUAUGGGAACAUGUGGGGUGCGAGUGUGUUGUUCAUAUUGGAAGAGAUGAGGAAUAAGUCGUCCAAGGAGGGCAAAUCGACUACAGGAGAAGGCUUGGAAUGGGGUGUGUUGUUUGGUUUUGGUCCUGGUCUUACUGUUGAAACCAUUGUGCUUCAAAGUGCUCCACUUAAUUAAUUAACAUUAAUUGAUUUUAAGCUGUUAUACUAUUUAUAUAUAUGCAUUUGUUUUAGUAAUGUUAAAUUGUUUUAAUUUGUGGUGUGUUGAAUAAAAGUUUACACCAAAAUAAAUAAUUUGAGUUGUGUACUCGUAAUUUUUUUUAUAAUUUUUUUUUUAUUUUAAAAUUUGGUCAAGGAGUUGAGCUAAAUGCAAUACUCCUCAACCAUAAAUUGCUGUAAUAAUGGGUGUUGUUAGCACAACACCAAUAAAGAGAAUAUAUAAUUUUGUUUGAGAUA